GUAUAGUUUUGGGAAAGUGGGGAUGGUUGGUUGAAACUUUAAUGGAGACUUGGCGGCUGAAUAUUAUACUGCAUUGAAACUCUGCAUUAAUGAAUUAAAUGAAAGCCAUAAACAGUAGGCCAGUGUCAUUCAGAUAUUUUCUAUCUCUUGAAGACUUCAGUUUUAAUUCACAAUUCAAACUGUAAAAGAGUGGUGAAGGUUUGAUCUUCAUAAGAUUUGGAGUGAUGGGUUUCAAAGUGCAGAUGUUUCUGCUUUUUAUUUCAAUCCAAAGUGUGGUUACAAGAGUGGAGGCAGAUAAUCAAGAUUUUGCUCCUCUAAAAUCUCUCAUGGAUGGCUGGAAGAACACACCAUCCAGUUGGAUUAACUCCGAUCCAUGUGCCAAUGAUUGGGAAGGAAUCGGGUGCACCAAUUCACGCGUGACUUCCAUAACACUAUCAAGCAUGAACUUGGCUGGUCAGCUGGCUGGAGAUAUUGACUCACUAUCUGAGUUACAGACUCUGGAUCUAUCAUAUAACAAGGGCUUAACAGGAUCUCUUCCCUCAUCAAUUGGAAAUUUAAAGAAGUUAUCAAACUUAAUUCUGGUUGGUUGCAGUUUCACUGGUCUGAUUCCAGCAUCAAUAGGAUCUCUCCAGCAGCUGGUUUUCUUGUCUCUAAAUUCUAAUAGCUUCAGCGGACCAAUACCACCGUCCAUUGGAAAUCUAUCAAAUCUAUAUUGGCUAGAUCUUGCUGAUAACAAACUGAGUGGAACUAUCCCAGUCUCUGAUGGGAUCACACCUGGUUUGGAUAUGCUAUUUCACACGAAGCACUUUCACUUUGGAAAUAAUCAACUAUCCGGUGAAAUUCCACCACAGCUAUUCAGCUCAAACAUGGUUCUGAUACAUUUGCUUCUUGAUAGCAACCAGCUAACCGGCAGCAUUCCUUCCUCACUGGGACUUGUGCAGACUUUGGAGGUGGUACGCCUUGAUAGAAAUUCAUUAAGAGGACCAGUUCCAGCAAACUUUAACAACCUUUUACAUGUGAAGGAGCUGUUCUUGUCCAACAAUAAACUCACUGGUCCACUACCAAAUCUUACUGGCAUGGAUUACCUCUCUUAUGUGGAUAUGAGCAAUAACUUAUUUGAUGCAUCAAGUCUUCCUCCAUGGGUUUCAUCCUUUCCAUCUUUGACAACACUAAAGAUGGAACGGACGAGACUUCAAGGACAAAUUCCAGUUGAGCUCUUCAGCCUUUCUGGAUUACAAACUGUCGUACUAAGAAACAACCAGCUUAAUGGCACCUUGGAUAUUGGCUCCAGCCAUAGCAAUCAGCUGCAACUCAUCGACUUGCAGUACAAUCUCAUUUCCGGCUUUAUGCAAAGAGCAGAAAACAAUAUUGAGCCGAAAACAAUAAUUCUUUUAGGCAAUCCAAUUUGUGAGGAAACGAAAACAACAACAGAAAAAUACUGCACCAUUCACCAGUCCAAUAUUUCAUAUUCAACACCACAUAAUUGUGAGCCUGCUCCCUGCAGCUCAGAUCAAAUUUCCAGCCCCAACUGUAAAUGCGCAUAUCCAUACAUGGGCACCCUAUUUUUCAGAGCUCCUUCCUUCUCAAACCUGGGGAACUCUAGUGUCUAUGUUCCUCUCCAAGACAAGCUAAUGCUUUCUUUUAACUCACAUGGACUCCUGGUGGAUUCUGUUUCUCUGAGUAAUGCAACCAAAAAUUCGAAUGAUUACCUUUUAUUGAGCCUAGAAGUUUUUCCAUCUGGCCAAGAACAUUUCAACCGAACUGGAAUUUCUCGGAUUGGGUUUGUGCUGAGCAACCAAACUUUCAAGCCCCCUCCCGAUUUUGGACCCUUUUAUUUCAUUGCUGCCGAAUAUAGUCACUUUGCAGAAGUAUCUAAACAAACAAAUAAAUCAAGUAUCGGUAUUAUCAUUGGAGCAGCAGUUGGUGGUUCUGUUCUUGUGCUAUUGUUACUCUCUGCAGGAGUUUAUGCUUUAAAACAAAAGAAAAGAGCUGAAAGAGCUACUAAACAGAAUGAUCCUUUUGCAUCUUGGGAUUCUAAUAAACACAGUGGAGGCAUCCCUCAGUUGGAUAAAGCAAGAUGUUUCUUGUUUGAAGAGCUUCAGAAAUGCACCAACAAUUUUUCAGAAGAGAACGCUAUUGGAUCUGGGGGUUACGGGAAGGUAUACAGGGGCACUCUUCCCACUGGUCAACUGAUUGCUAUUAAAAGAUCUCAAGAAGGAUCCAGGCAGGGUGGUAAUGAAUUCAAAGCUGAGAUUGAGAUGUUAUCAAGGGUUCAUCAUAAGAAUGUUGUCAGCCUUGUUGGUUUCUGUUUUGAUAAAAGUGAACAAAUGCUGGUCUAUGAGUAUGUUCCAAAUGGUUCACUAAAGGAAAGCCUUUCAGGAAAGUCGGGGAUCAAGUUGGAUUGGAUGAGGAGACUUCGAGUAGCCCUUGGUGCAGCCAGAGGUCUGGCAUAUCUGCAUGAGCUUGUCAAUCCUCCCAUAAUACAUAGGGACAUCAAAUCAAACAACAUUCUACUGGAUUCACACUUGAAUGCAAAAGUUGCUGAUUUUGGUCUCUCGAAGGUUAUGAGUGAUGCUGAUGCGAGCCAUAUAAGUACUCAAGUCAAAGGGACAAUGGGCUACUUAGAUCCCGAAUAUUACAUGACGCAGCAGUUGACUGAGAAGAGCGACGUAUAUAGCUUUGGAGUGCUAAUUCUGGAGCUGGUAACUGCAAGGAAGCCGAUUGAGAAAGGAGUAUACAUUGUAAGAGAGAUACGGCAAACUAUGGACAAGACUAAAGAACUAUAUAACCUUCAAGGGAUUAUUGACCCAAACUUUGGUUUGGGAAUCACACUGAAAGGUUUAGAGAAGUUCGUAGAACUGGCAAUGAGGUGCGUCGAAGAAUCCAGAGCUGACAGGCCUACAAUGAGUGAGGUGGUAAAAGAGAUAGAGAGCAUAAUGGAGUUGGCUGGUUUGAACCCUAACGCUGAUUCGGCAUCCACUUCAGCAAGCUAUGAAGCGGCCAGUAAGGGAUCCGGCCAUCCUUACAGUAAUGAGAGCCUCUUUUCUCGUAGCGAUGGCUUUACACCUGCAAAGUUAGAUCCCCAAUGAGUAAGAGUUUCAUCUUACAUUAAGAAUGGUGAAUUGGGUAGCACUUGGCUGGUCCUGUCCGAAUGCAUUUGAGUGAUAUUUGUAAGAGAUGGAGAAGAACCAGAACUGUGAUUGAAGCAAACUCUCAGCCUAAUUUGGCUUUCAGGCUAGAUCAUGAAUAUGUAAAAAUGGAGUGAGUCUCAUGAACAAUCAAUUGUAAAAAAGUGGAUAAAUUGAAGAAGAAAAUCGUAAUAUUGCUGUAUGUAGGUGAUAUGUAUUUUUUCUGUAAAAUUUAAUGUUGUUUCUUUGUACCAAAGCUUGAUAAACAAAAAAUUGCGCAAUUUCUUUGUUCUGUUGUAA